UACAGUAUAUACAUACAUACUCUCUCAAUUACUUGGGCGGCGGCCCCCAUUCCGCCCCCAGUCAAAUCCCUCGUUGACCGCGCCACCCCCUACCCCCCAACCCAAACAUUUUCCCUAUAUAAAAAGGAGCUUCCGCAAACCAUAUCCAUAGCCCAUCUCAACACCAGCUUUCUCUCACUAGAAAAAAUUUAACAGAAUUAUUGUGCGGAACGGUUUGCGACGGAGAGGUAGGGAGAUCGAGAAUGGCGAUGAAGGAGAAGGCGGCCGGCGGCGGCGGAAACGGAAAGGCGGGCGGCGUCAAGGAGGUGCACUACAGGGGGGUGAGGAAGAGGCCGUGGGGGCGGUACGCCGCCGAAAUCCGCGAUCCGGGGAAGAAAUCUCGCGUCUGGCUCGGGACCUUCGACACCGCCGAGGAGGCGGCGCGUGCCUACGACGCCGCGGCGAGGGAAUUCCGCGGCGCUAAGGCGAAGACGAACUUCUCGGACGGCGGCGGCGCCGCCGCCGCCAUCCACAGCCCCAGCCAGAGCAGCACCGUGGAGUCCUCCAGCGCCGAUCUCAACGCGCGCGCGCCGGUCGUCGAGCUCGAUCUCACGCGCCGCCUCGGCGCCGUGCCCGAUCGGGGAGUCACCGUCGCGGAGGCCGGUCCGAUCGGCGGCUACCAGUUCUUCCGGCGCCAGCCGACCAUGGCCGUGCUGCCGAACGGGCAGCCGGUCAUCCUCUUCGAUCCGGCCAUGGCGGCGGCGUACCGGCUUAACGCCGCCGCGUACGGCCGCGGCGGCGCCGUGCAGAGCGACUCCGACACCUCGUCUGUGGUCGACGAGAACAAUUUUGACGGCGCCGAGGCGAAGAGGGGCCUGGAUCUCGAUCUCAACAUGCCGCCGCCCGUCGAGGUUUGAAAAUGGCGGCAAUCACCGAGGAAGGAUCUCGAAUUUGAUCGUAACUUGAGGAAGAAACUGACGUCUGAUUUCUGUAAAUAUAUCUGAGAAAGAAGAAAUUAAAAAAAAAAAAAAACCCUUGUUUUUUUUGCAGCUAAGAGUAAUUUCUCUGGGUUGUUACAAUCGCGGCCGCCGCGGCUAUUAGGGUUUGAUUAAUUCACGUUCUCAUUGUUAA